AUGUUUAAUGCUCUGAUUCGAACACAUCAUAUAACUUCUAGGAAGAAGGUGACCAAGCUCAAGCAGGCUGCCGAUGCGACGCAUGUCUUUGCUUUGCUGAGAAGCGGGAGCUCACCCGGCAUUAUGUAUGUCGAAGGAGCAGAGGAUGGUGUCAGACAGUGGGUUGAGUCUGUUCAUAAUUUACGCUACAAGGACUAUCAACUAGUUGCACGUCCAGCAGCCGUGCAGCAUGGAAAUCAACCCACCAAAGAAUCGCAACUAAGACCUGGUCUGUAUGAGACAGAUACGGUGAGCGACUUUGGCAGACAGCUGCAGGAUCGCGGUGUAUAUGCUUGGUGGCGCAAAGCUAUGGGUUAUGCGAAGGAGUAA